AUGAUAGUAAUAGAUUCAUUCUCACAUAUUAUUGGGAUUCUUCGUGAAAGUUUUAACCCGAUAUCUGCAAAACAAGGUGAGGAAGAAAAAAGCAGAAAAAAGAAAGGAUCUGAGACAGGAUUAGCAGAACAGGCUUUGCAGAUUGAAGAAUCGAAAGAGGGGUUUGUGGGAUCUUUGUUGAAAAUCAUAGCAUCGAAUGAAACGGAUGAUGAAGAAGGGAAUGUAAAGAUAUCGGAAAAAGACCGGGUCGUAAUCAAAAAAGAAAUAGUUUCAUUGAUGAUAUCUAUUCCUUCUAUUUUGCAAUUACAACUCGGAGAAUGUAUUAGCAUCAUUGCAGAAAGGGAUUUUCCAGCGUCUUGGAGCACGCUUAUUGAUGAUCUUGUGUUUCAUCUAUCAUCCACAGAUAUGGUUGUUAAUAUGGGAAUACUGCAAACAGCACAUUCUAUUUUUAAAAGAUGGAGAUCACAGUUUCGAAGUGAUGCUUUAUAUAGUGAAAUCAUAUAUGUUCUUGAGAAAAUUUGUGUUCCGUAUAUGAAUCUUUUUCAGAGAUUGGACGAGUUAAUUAUGCAGAAUUCCGAAAAUAAAGAAGCAUUGCAUCUCCUUUUUAGAAAUAUGGUUUUAUGUACAGAAUUAUUUUACGAUCUUAAUUGUCAAGAUUUACCGCCUUUUUUUGAAGAUAAUAUAGAACAAUGUAUGGGUUUGUUGCAUAAAUAUUUAAAUUACACAAAUCCAUUGUUGGUUUUCAAGGAGCAUGAUACGGAAGGUCCAUUGGAAAAAGUCAAAUCUAAUAUUUGUGAAAUCAUAGAAUUAUAUACACAGCGCUAUGAAGAUGCGUUUUCAAUGUUACCAGAUUUCGUAAAUACAUCAUGGAACUUAUUAGCCAAUAUAAGUUUUGAGAAAAAAAAUGAUAUUCUUGCAGAAAAAAUCUUGGCAUUCUUAACGUCUGUACUGAAAAUACAUAGAUAUUCUUAUCUUUUUAGAUCACAGGAUGUUCUUCAACAACUUAUUGAAAAUAUAAUUUUGCCUAACAUUUCUUCUCAAGAAUUUGAUAAAGAACUUUUUGAGGAUGAUCCAGUAGAAUUUAUUAGACGAGAUCUUGAAGAGCUUGAUGUUAAUACAAGAAGAAAGGCUAUAACUAAUUUAGUUCGAGGGUUAAUAGAACAAUUUGAAUCUGAUGUUGUUCCUAUUGUUUCAAAUUACAUAAAUCAUUAUUUAAUUGAAUUUCAAAAAGAUAAAAAGAAAAACUGGCAAGCAAAAAAUACAGCUAUAUAUCUUUUUUUUUCAAUUGCAAUAAAAGGCACUGUAAAUAAGUUGGGUGCAACAUCUAUUUGUUCAAUAGUGAAUAUUGCUGAUUUUUUUUCUCAAAACAUUAUCCAAGAUCUUAGUAUUUCUUUCGAGGAAAUUCAUGCUAUGUUAAGAAUGGUUCUUAUAAAAUUUAUUUAUAUUUUUAGAAAUCAAUUGCAAAAAAAUCAAAUUCUAGGAUGUCUUCCAUUACUUGUAAAUCAUCUUAGUUUUCCAAAUUAUGCAGUAUAUACAUAUGCAGCAAUUACAAUUGAGGCUAUUUUAAAUCUUAAUAAGAAGGACAACGUUCUUAUUGAAAAAAUGGACAUAAUUAUACUUUCUAAAGAAUUGCUAGAAAAUCUUUUUAAACUAAUCGAAAAAGCAUCAACACCAGAAAAAUUGUCUGAAAAUGAUUUUUUAAUGAAAUGCAUAAUGAGAGUUAUUGCUACUACUAAGGAUGGAAUAGUUCCAUUGUUAGACAUAGUAUCUUCUUAUUUACUAAAUAUCAUUGUAGAAAUAAGUAAAAAUCCUUCUAAUCCGAAAUUUAACCAUUAUGUUUUUGAGUCAUUGGCAGCCUUAAUAAAAUAUGUAGCUUCUCAUUCAAGGGAAAUUUUAUUGCAUUUAGAAAAUCGAUUAUUUCCAUCAUUUCAACUAGUUCUUCAAAAUGAUGUAACAGAAUUUAUUCCAUAUAUAUUUCAAAUAUUAGCACAACUUCUUGAAUAUCAUAAUUCGGAUUUACCCGAUACAUAUAAAUUGCUUGUUCCGCCUAUUUUGUCGGCAUCACUUUGGGAUUUUAAAGGAAAUAUUCCAGCUUUAGUUCGUUUUUUACAAGCUAUUAUAUUUCAGAGUCCAACUUUUGUUAUAAAUAGUAAUUAUUUAGAGCAAAUUCUUGGAAUUUUUCAAAAAUUAAAUUCAUCUCGACUUGAUGAUCACUAUGGAUUUCAACUUUUAGAAACUAUUUUUUUUCAUCUUCCAACGACUGCCAUAGAGCCUUAUACUAAACAGAUAUUUUUGCUCCUUUUAACACGACUUAAUCAGUCUAGGACUGAUAAAUUUGUUCAAUGUUUUAUUCAAUUGAUUUUCUUUUUAUCUGCAAUUGAUAAAUGUGGUCCAGAUUAUCUUGUAAAUAUUAUUAAUAAUAUACAGCAAGGAUUAUUUGAACAAAUAUUUAUGAUGUUUUGUUUACCCGAGGUACAAAAGGUUAAAGCACCUAUAGAUCGUAAAGUAUGUGCUAUUGGUAUGACUAAAAUGCUUUGCAGAAGUAUUGUAUUGCAAGAAACAAAAAACUCUUCACUCUGGUCCUCUACAUUAAUGGCUAUUCUAAAACUUCUUGAAUUAUCAUUUGAAAUCGUAAAAAACGACGAGGUGAUCGAAAUAGAUCUGGAAGAUAUUAGUUUUCAAACAAGUUUUUCUCCUUUAGCAUUUUCUAUAAAAGUUAAACAAGAUCCAUGUAUAUCCAUUAAAGAUCCAAAAGCAUUUCUUGUAGAAGAAUUAGUAAAAGGAAAUUCGAUAAAUGGGGGAAAAUUUUUUCAGAUUAUUAACACAAUGCCAAGUGAUGUUAAAACUAUUUUAACUGUAUAUGGAUGUAUUAUUUAA